AUGGCCACCAUUCAGAAGACGCCUGUCUGGGAGCCUCGUAACGUCCAACAGACCAACGUCCACCAGUUCAUCCGUUACGUCAAUGAGAAACAUCAGCUGCAUCUACGAACGUACGAAGACCUACACCAAUGGUCAGUAGCAUCAACUUCUCUGCAGGACUUCUGGCGCGAUGCGUACGACUGGCUCCAGCUCGCGCCACCGGGAGCCAAGGGGACAGGUCGCGUCCUUGAGGGUUCGGAUGUCGCCUCAGUAGACAUGUUCCCGCCACCAAGGUUCUUUCCUUCGGAUUCCCUUAGUAUUCCCGAGCUGAUGCUUCGACAUCGCCGCGACAGCGACGUUGCAAUUCACUUUGCUCGCGAGGCUGUAAUCUCCAACUCGGUCGAUGCCAUGGCCAUCUGCUUAGCUUCUCUGUCUAUUGGUGCCAUUUGGUCGUCAUCGUCCUGCGACCUGGGAUCGGCCGGUAUCGUCGACCGCUACAGUCAGAUCAGCCCGAAGAUGAUUUUCGCUGAUAACGGGUAUAUCUAUGCCGGAAAGACAUUCAGGCUCGGAGACCGCAUAGUCGACUGGUCGCAUAAGCUUGGUCGCGACACUAGUCAGUUGAUGGAUGUGGUGAUUAUCCCAUACUGCAAUUUCGAGGUCGAUUUGAAAAGAAUUCACAAGGGAUGCAGCCUACAGUCCUUCCUCGAGCGCGACUCUGGCGAAAGGCUGAGCUUCAAAAUCGCUCCCUUCUCGCAUCCUGCAUUUAUUCUUUAUUCCUCUGGAACGACGGGUAGACCGAAAUCCAUCGUCCACGGCACCGGGACAUCCUGGGUCAUGUGGGUUUUGAACUUGCUUAAUCUCUCCUGCGCAGGCUCCAUGCUCCUGUUUGACGGCUCUCCCUUCCACCCCAGGCCGACGAUACUCCUCGAGCUUGCACAAGAUAUCGGUCUCCAGGAGAAAGCUUCGACCUUCGAAAGCUACGAGUCGUUACCUCGACCGGCUCUGUUCUCUCAGCGAAUCUACGACUGGUUCUAUUCAACAGGCUUCCCCUCUCAAGCCCAGCUGAUUUCCAUGAGUGGUGGUACCGAUAUUGCCGGAUGUUUCGUUGGCGGUUCUCCUCUCCUUCCUGUAUACGCCGGUGAGAUCCAAUGCAAGGCCCUGGGUAUGGCUGUGGAGAUCCUGGACGCGACAGUCAUAGAACCCGUCGCAGUCGAAAGCUCCGGUGAGGCGGGCGAGCUGGUUUGCACGAAGCCCUUCCCAAGUCAACCACUAGCUUUCAUUGGGGAAAGAGGGGAGGAGAUAUAUAGGACCUCGUAUUUCGAGCGGUUCGGAAAAGGCAUAUGGUGUCAGGGUGAUUUCAUCCAACGUAUCCCUGACACGGGGGGCUUGGUGAUGCUAGGGCGAUCCGACGCCGUCCUCAACCCGUCCGGCGUCAGGUUCGGGUCUGCCGAGGUUUACGCCGUCACGGAGACGUUCCCAGAGCUGGCCGACAGCAUAUGCGUCGGACAGAAGCGCGACAUCGACAGCGACGAACGCGUUUUGCUAUUUGUCAAGAUGCGGCAUGAGAUGCAGUUCGGGCCGGAUCUCGAGCGGAGGAUUCGCGCCGCCAUCAGGGAACGGUACUCCCCUCGCCACGUACCGAAAUUCAUCCUUGAAGUCGCCGACAUCCCCUACACCGUCAACGGAAAGAAAUGCGAAAUCGACGUCAAGCACAUCGUGUGCGGCCGCAAGGCUGCUGUGGGCGGCACGGUGGCCAAUCCUGAAGCGCUUUCUCUCUAUGAAGAUUUUAAGAAUCUUCCCGCCGAGGGAAGUGUGUCUGUUUCGAAAGCUAAGCUCUAA